UUUUGCUUUUAUCUCACAAAAUGAUAAAACAGUGUUUAUUCAUUGCAUUUGUCUGCCACAUGUGUAAGAAUCAUCAAUUUACACAAAGAAAAAGUUUACACCGUCAUUACCUCAAAAUGAGGAUAUUACCCUUCCUCACCACAAAAGGCAAGCCAUAUUAUACUCUUUCCUCUGGCUUUGAAAUCACCAAGGAUAUUAAAAAUGCAACUAUUACCAAGUACUCUUGUCCUUCUUGCAAUGACUUGUUGGAAGACUUGGAUCAACUUGGACAACAUCUUGAAGCUACACAUUUGAAGGAAAUAUGUGGUAGCUUUAUUAAAGAAACCUUAUUCCACAGACGAAGGUCUACAAGAUAUGAUAUUGAUUUGGUCAAGCGAAAGGAGACAGUUACUGAAGACUUGGAUAAUGACGAUUUUACAUCUGAGGAUUGUAUCUCAGAAUGCAGUGAAUCAUUACCCAUUAUUAAACCUGCUUUGAUGUUGGAGAUGCCCUCGGCAGAACAUAUUAUUGACAGACCUAUGAAGAAGCUCCGAACGUAUGAAGAGGCGAUCACCCACGCUUGUCAGCAAAAAGGUAGUGAACAAGACAAGAACAAAACUAUCUUCAUCCUUGACAAUUUGUCAGUUCGCCCUUUUGCAAUUCUAGACGACCAAGGCAAUGAGGAAAAUGCGCUUGUACAUAGCACUAUCAUUAAUAAACUUGUAUUAAAACACGAUUCCAUUAAACCUAUUGUCCCUACAAGGAGACCAUAUGAACAUGCCACUCAUGAACAAAAACUGUUGAUUGGCAUCGUGAACCCUUCGGGAAGCUUAAGAAUGCCUGUUUCGUUGGAACAACGCGAUGGGAAAACACUGAUAAUCGGCACCCAGGUUUCUAAUGCUUUAGUAACAUCAAGCAUACGCUUGGAUGGAAGAAAUCUUGUGUCUGUUGGAGGUAUGUCUUCUAAUUUUCAACUCUGUACGUUCAAGGACUCUCUAACAUGCAAGAUUUUUAUUGAUCUUAACUCAUUAAAAUCCGCAAAGGUAUUGAUUGAAGACCCAUCAGCAACAUGUGUAUCAGAUAUCGGCAUCAUAUCUCAUGGAAUUACGACAGGUGCGUACGCAAUUUCACUCACCAUCAACAUACACAUCUUGCCGUGCUCAUGGUCCAAUAACCAUGAUCAUACUUGUCACCCGUUCUCGCUCUUCACUUUAGCUGAAUUUGACCGUGGCCGUAGUCCUUGUGCUUCUAUUUUUCGUACCAUUGUCGAUGAAGUUUUAACACGUCGCAACAAAGCUAAACUUGACAAGGAAAACGUCGUUAAAUGGAUCAAAGAAGCAACUGGUAAGGGAAAAGAAAUUCUUACAAAAGUCCUUGGCUUGUAUGAAGAGAAUAACGACAGCCUUUCAAUUUUAUUCAAUAUCCCACUAAACAAAGAAUUGGAAGAGCUAGCCGUCCUUUUAAUGCCCACGAUUGUUUCAGCAAAUACUUCCAUUGAAAGCCAAGUGAACGAGGUCUUUGAGAUUUUUAGUUGA